GAUAUAUUGAUCACUUCACCUUGAUAACGAUAAAUGGAAGAUAACUCCUCCACCAGCUGCUCACCCCCUCCCACAUUAACUUCGUCUACUUCAGCUGCUCCAACUUUCUCUCCGUCCUCCAUCUCCUCUCCUGUCUUUACCUCUUUGUUACGGACUGGAUGGGGUGGAGUCACGUCUCUGACGUAGGACAGCGUCUUAAAGGGACAUGAGACCAUAGCCUACCUACACACAUUUAAAAGCAACUUUGAUUUAUUUAAUUAUAUUUUGACAGUGAAAAUACAGAUAUGGGCAGAAUGACGUCCGUAAUUGUCGUAAAUUUCUGUAUCUGUAAAUUUUCGGUUUAUCGCCCAGCCCUCGUCUUCAGGAUGGUCCUCUGUGUGGCGGGCACGACCGGAGGAACCUUCUCUGUUUCAGGAUAAAAGCGUACAAAGUGGUGCCUCACAUUUGUGGUGCUGCUGAGAUACUUUUCUUUUCACUUUGCAAAUCUUGAAAAUCGUGUCGGUCUUGUCAGUCGUCUUGUUCGCUCUCUCAUAAAAACCAAAGUUCUUCCGCUCGGUUGCAGUCGACCCUGGUGGCGAGAGAAUCGGCCGCUCUUUGAAGGCUGCUGAAGCCGUUACCAUUUAGCACAGAAACUAACGUGCUCUGUUUGUUGUGGUUAAGGUUCCGUUUUAACGCAUCGAUGUUCAUUAAUGCCGAAUCAUCACAUGAAGCAUCGCGAUGCGCCGACACAUCGAUGAAUUUCACCCUCCUCUCGAUCAGACACAAACCUGCUUCAUGGCGUUCCAGUCAGCGCGUUUUCUUCGUACCUGUUCUUUGCCAGUGUGUUGUUGACCAGAUGGUCCUCGUAGCGCUGCCGGGCCAUGUUUCCUCCGAAGCCCAGAAACGUGGCGACGUAGACUCUGUAAACAUGCUGCGUAUGCUCCACGUCGCAGCCCAGAUUGAACUCGGCGAGGACGCUCUUCCCCGCCUCCUCCUGAAACACACAGAGACGUCACACUGCUGCAGACCAGGAGGAGUCGUCUAAAGGUCCUUUAGCAUUAAGGGACGAGAUGAACUAAGAUGUGUCCACAGGGGGGCGCCAUAACUGACCCAAACAGACACUUCCUCACACCUCAGACCGCACAGACUUUCACACUAACUCACUUCUUGUGGUGAACUGAAGGUGAUGACACCUGGAACUUCAUAUGCAAUCUGCAAGGAAGCCCCGCCCAUAUCCAUGAUGCCCACAGUGCGCCGCCUGCUGAUUGGCCGCUGGUUCAGAGAGCCUGUUGUUGCCUCGACGGUGAUGUCCUCUGGGAAACGUCACAGAAUAAUGAUCAAUUUUUAUACUUUGGAGACUUCCAGAGACAUCCAGAGACAGCGGCGGCAUUAAAGCGCCACACUCACCCUUGUCGGCAUGAUCGAAGCGGCCCAACACGAAGUUAAUGCCGAUCCAGGCGUACACUCCUUCAGGGUGAGGAGACAGAGAGCGGUUAGACACCACAGACAGAGUUACUCUGGUUAACUCUGACACACAUCUGUGCGCCUCCUUACCUUCCUGUUUCCCUGAGAUGACCUCGGCGUGUGAGCGCGAGAACAGGAAGUCAAACUCCAGAGGGACGUCAGUGAUCAGGUCCUCCAAGAUGUCCACCUGCUGACUGUGAUCCAGAACAGAGACCUGAUUUUAAAAACUCAAUAAUUAUAUGAGUUUGUGGACAUUAUAAACUUUUAAACCAAGAAACAAAUCUAUGAAGAAACACGAGAAGAUCUGAGUUAACAGACGUGUUUGUUUCUUUGGUUCGAAGCUCUUUUUCUCAUCUUCACUCGCUCCGUCCACUUCCUCUCUUUCACCAGCUUUUGGUGAGUUUAGAUCUGAAGAUUUUUCAUCUAUUAUCUACACACUUUGAAUAACAAUGAACCUAAAAGUAAUGGAUUGUGUUGUUUUCCUGCAAGAGUUUAAAAUCAGAAGAUGUCUCACGCCCACCUCUCGGGCAGCAGCCUCAUGCCGGCGGUGCAGAGGAUGUACAGCGGGGUCUCUUUGUGUUUGUUCUUCGGGAUGUGAGCGGCAGCAAAGCUGAGCAGAGGAUGGAGGUAGUCGCUGGCCUGAGUCGGCGUUUUUGCCAGAGUGGAGAUACCUGAGAGACGGAACAGACCGAAAACACACAUUUGGCAAAGUCGAACAACCAUAACUGUAAGAUCCUGCUGCAGAUAUCUGAGUCGACCCUCUGCAUUAAAACAUACGGGUUAUAGCUACAGCUGUUAUGAUCAGCUACGUUUACAUGGGUACAAAUAAUCUGAAUAAACGCCCGAUCAGAAUAAAAACGCGUCAUAUAAACAUGUCGAUCGGAAGAUUCUGAUCCAUUUCGGCGCAAUCAGAAAGAAAUUGUACUCCGAUCAGAGGGCUGGUUUAUGCCGAUCGUCCAUGUAAACCCUGAUUCUGAUCGUGACUCUCUAACCUGACUCCAUCUUCACUCUUUGUUUAUUGAACCAGUUCAGGAGGUUUCAUUAUUAACACUCAGGUGUCGUGUCUGCUCCUCUGAUAACAUAACGAGGUGUACAAACAGUGUACGGAGCAACAGAGCAACCUUUGACAGACAGUAAAAUAAGUACGCAAGGGCGCCAUCUAGUGACAGUACAGUCGUAAAUACAAUUCUUCUUCUUCUGUGGUUGUUUUAUCAAAAUCAGACAACUCUGAGCAUGUCCAAAUGUUUCUAAUCUGAAUAAACCUUGGUGCGUCAUGAUCGGAUUAUUCGACUUUGUUCCUGUAGAAACUGUUGAUUCAGAUUUUCUGAUCCCUCAGAUUUUUUAUCGGAUCAGGAAAUUUUGCCCACGUAAACAUAACUACUGAUGGACCUCAACGCUGACGUUAUAUUUGUAUUUGGCUUUUUAUGGGUUCAUUAAUCAUCAACAAACACGUUCACUGACUCAGAAACAUGUUUUUAAACUUGAGUUCACUGUUACAGUCCAGCUGGAGGUUACAUGGAAUAAAAGAACCUCACUGAUGUGUGCGAGUGUCUCUUUAACUCCUGCAGCAUGGAGAACGUUCCACCGUGAAGGUUGUGAUGUUAAGUCACAGGGUUCAAAGUGCGACGUGGCGUUAACGCAGCUCUCUAACCUGUCUCCAAUCUAAUCUGUCCUCCCUGCCUGAGAUUCACAGAGACUGAGCGUGACUUUUCUGCUGAUGUGACUCAUUUAUGAAGAAACCCUUACAGACGGUCUGGUUACUGUGUGUCUGCACCAGAAAACCCCAGAGAGAGAGAUUUUCAAACACGUAAACAAACAAAUUCAGGGAGCAGAUUUAGACUCUGAGGGCCAAGCUUGUUUGAUUAACUGUGAGCAGGACUUCUUCUGUGGUUAUAAUCCACCUCAGGAUAUCUACAACUUCACAACCUUUGACCUGAGAGGACGAACAAACCUGAUAGCUGCAUAAAAACAUCAAACAUCAACUCCUCCUCCUCACCUGGUUUGAUCUUCUUGACCACAGGUCUCCGGUCUUUGUCCUUCAUCUGUCUGAUGUCCAGCAGGGUGUGGGGGUUCCCGUUGUGGGGGGGCCAGUAGUAAACGAAGACCCGAGAACCGCUGCUGCCACAGUCCACCACAAUCCCAUAAUUCAGAGCGGGGUUGAGGAUGUCUGUGGCCUCCAUGGACUCGGCCAUAGAGAGGUACCUGCAGGAGAGCAGACAGGAAGUCUACUGUGAAGAGCGCCGUGACUUUAACGUAACGAGAGAAAAGGGGAGCCCAGUGAGAUUUAACGAGUUUUAUUUUAAUGAUUGGUUAAAUUGAAUAAAUAUAGAUACACUAAAACUACUCUUCAGUAGCAAACCAAACUCAGCUGUGUCUCCUCCGUCCUCCUGUCUGUCCUUGGACACUGAACACCAGCAGCUGCAGCCGGUCUCACAGAGAGAGUUCAGAUCUUUUUAAAACUGUCUGCUUUCCAUAAACAAACUCGAUAAGGUCUCAACAGCUGGCCGUGUUCACCGAGAGAUUUACGGAGUUUUUCAUCUUCAUGUCAUGAAAGGUGUCCGUGUUUUAUUAAAGGUCUUUAACGUGUCAACGUUUGAUUUAACGUGGAGAAAGUGGAGACUGUGUUUGAGGACUAAAAAGUUUUCUGGAUUCAAAUGAAAUCAUGUUUGUGAUUCUUUUACUGUCUGGUGAAAAAAGAUGCUUUUUGACAGACUGACGAAAGAGAGUUAGGGCUACAAGAAGAGAAAACAAAAAUUACAGGAGGGAGAUUUUUUUAAUUUCCAUUUUUAGAUUCAAGUCGCAAUUUUAAGUCAAAAUGAAAAAAAUUAUGUAAAAAAAAUCAAAAUUACGUGAAAGUCAAAAUUUUGACUUUAAUCUGAAAAUUAUUUUUUUUAAAUCUAAAAAUUUCGAGAUUUUGUAAUCUUAAAACUUCAAUUUAAUCUCGAAAUUUCAACUUUUUUGACAUAAUUUCAAUUUUUUUAAUCUCAAAAUAUCGACUUUAAUCUCUUCCUGUGAUUAGUUUUUUUUCUCUUCGUGUGGCCCGAAUCCUCUUUCGUACAGAGUGGACGCUCUUUUAAACUUAUUGUGCAGAAAUUUUUGUCUGUUUAGCUUUUAAAAAACACAGACCAGGGCGACACAGUGGUGUAGUGGUUAACACUGUCGCCUCACAGCAAGAAGGUUCUGGGUUCGAGUCAGGGUGUUUCUGUGUGGAGUUUGCAUGUUCUCCCUGUGUCUGCGUGGGUUUACUCCGGGUUCUCCGGUUUCCUCCCACAUCCCAAAAACUUGCAGUAGUGCGGUUAGGUUAACUGGCCACUCUCAAAUUACCCGUAGGUGUGAAUGUAAUUAUGGACGGUUGUUCGUCUCUCUAUGUCAGCCCUGAGAUGAACUGGCGACUUGUCCAGGGUGUCCCCUGCCUUCACCAGAAGAUGCUGAGAUAGGCUCCAGCAUCCCACCCCCCACCCCACGACCCCGGGAACGGGAAUAAGUGGUAGAAAAUGGAUGGAUGAAAAAUAUAGACCAUGAUAUUUAAGAGACGGACUGUAGAAUUGUGUGAACGGAUUAUCCGUUAACCUCGGAGGAAAAGGUCUGAUUCAAAGAUGGAGAAUUCGAGGGGCUUAAACUGCUAUUCAGUGUUUGAAAUAAGAAAAAGGGAUCGUUUUUUUCACCUUCGCAAGGUUCAAGAGCAACAUAAGCUAACAAUAAACGGCAUAAAAUUUGCGACGAUAUCAAAUUCCUGCGAAGAAACCCUGAACUUUUACAAAUUUAAUGUCUCAGAACAACAUUUCACGUCUGCUCAGCUUUUAAUUUAUCUGUUUAUUUUGGUCGCUGCUUCUUCACAUCAAACCUCAAUUUACUAUUUAUUUUAUAUUUUCAAAGCUCUUUUAUGUUACGCAGACUUUGUACUGUAGUUCUAUCUUAUCACUCACUUGUUCACAGUGAAGCCCUGCCGUCGCUGAGGGCCCCACAGCUGCUUCUGGUAGGUUACGAGGAGGAGGAAGGCGGAGGUGAUGAAGAGCAGCAGCAGCAGCAGCCUCUGUCUGGAGAGACAGCUUACAGACACCAGGGACACGUUGCAGUACCAGAAGGCUGGCAGACAGGAAAAACUGAUCCUGUGGAAAAAGGAUUAAGACUUUAACAACGACGACGAGGACGAGGAGGUGACGGGAGAGUUCGUCUCAUCAGGAGAGUCUCACAGAAAAGUUACCAAACACAAAUCAGGGCGAGUGAGUAAGAGCAUGACAGUAAAUACGACACAGAUUAUGACCUGCUACCAGCCUGUAUGGAAAAGGAGAAACAGACACAUUCACAACCAAGAGCAGCUGCAAGAGAAGUGGAAAAUGAGGAUAUUUCAUAGCAUGUUACAUGUUCGAGGACUUCCUCUGGUAUUAGAGGAAUGAAAGUUCCAGGAGGUCCUUUCCUGGUGUCGUAGUUUUGACACGGGUCUCAUUGCCACCUGAUUUCUCUUUAGUAUUGUUUCAAACUUCAACUCUCUGCCAUAACCCGAGCACAAAGCUCCCAAACUCCAGCCAAUCAGUGUCUUACCUUGCCAUAUGUCCACGUUGGAGAAGUUCACAGUGUCACAGUCGUCACCUCAUGGUGCCGGCAGUCUGAUCGGGGUCCUAGUCCGGGGCUGAGGGUUUUUCUCCUGCAGAAGGAGAGAAAAAUCAUAAUGCUGCAUAAAAACUCUCUGUACUGUUUGUGACAGAGUAUUCCAGAUUUAAGAGAACUUCCAAAAGACAGAAAUGAAACAGGUAACAGGUAAACUCUACAGACCCUGAAUUAUUGAGACUGUUAAUUUCUUUGGGGAGCAAAAUUUUCUUAAAAUGAAAGCAGACAGUUAGAUUUUCAGAUUCAUUAAACUCUUUUGUUGAUUGUUCUUCUGCAGCUACAGCUUCCCAGCCAUCUGGGUCCAUGUCGCCUGCCUUCAGGUCUCACUUGCAGACGUCCUUGUAGCGGAGAAGAGGCCUUCCCUUAGGUCUGGGACCGGUUUCAAGCUCCCCGUGAAAGCAUGUCUUUGGGAUUCUGCCGUCUUGCAUGCGGCUGACGUGGCCAAGCCAGCGUAAGUGCCUUUGAGUGAGAUACGGUCCUGCCAGGUGAUGCCAAGAAUCCUUCGUAGGCAGCGUAGAUGGAAGGAAUUGAGUCUACGUUCUUGGUGGGAGUAGAGGGUCCAUACAGCAGUGUACUGAGCACACAGGCUUGGAGCUCCUUCAUCUUGGUGUUGAUGGUCAGCAUGGAGUUGUCCCAGACCCUCUUUGCAAGACGAGCCAUCGAUGUUGCUGCCCUGCCGAUCCUUGUGUUCGGCUCAGCAUCCGAGGAGAGGUUUUUUGAGAUGGUGGAGCCGAGGUAGGUAAAGGCCUCCACCACCUCAAGGGUGUGGUCACCGAUGGAGAUGCAGGGGGUGCUGCAGAUGUCUUGGCCCAUGAUGUUGGUCUUGUUGGUUGAGCAGCGUCAUCUGGAAAGAGCAGCUCCCUGAUCAGAACUUUUCGUACUUUGGUCUUUGCUCUCAGACGUGCGAGGUUGAAGAGAUUUCCAUCGCUGCUGGUGUGGAAGUCUACGCCAUCAUCUGAUGGGCUGAAGGCGAACGACAGCAGCAAAGAGAAGAAUCUUCCAAAGAGUGUGGGAGCAAACACACACUCCUGUUUCACAGCACUCCUGAGUGUAAAUCAGGAGUGCUGUGAUCUGUAUCUGUAUUCAGUGUUCAGAUAAUAUCAUAAUUUAGUCAAACAUUAUCCAGAAUAAUAACCCAACAGCUUCUUACAUCAUAUAUUUACUUGGAACAAAAUGUACAACGACUCUAGCAGUCUAUUGUUAAUUAUUUCUAUAAUAAAUGUUAAAGUUUAAUUUUACAUUUCAGUAAAAUCCCAUAAAAAUAUGUGAUUUUAAAAACAGGCCAUUAAAGGAGAGUAGGAGGUUUAUCUCUCUGUUAUAUAAGAUCAAACUCCUCCAUUGAAGCAGACUCGUUUGAGGACAGAAUUAAAACAAAUCUUUAGAAAUAUAAAAUAUUAAUCUCUUCAGUAUUAAAUCUGUUUAUUGUUGAUGUUCGCAGCUGCUCCGUUAUUAACCGGUUAACUGCCCGUUAUUACCGCUAACAUUAGAGGAUCCAUAUGCUGCUAAUUCCUCAUAUAAACUCACCUAAAGAUGUUUCUUCACCGCCAUGACACAGUCCGGCAGAGAAAUCCGCGGUCCCUUCGACGGAAAUGUUGAUGAAAUGAUCUUUACUCUCACUUUGGUCACCGGGAAGAGAAGAUUUACCGAGAGGACGGAGAAGAAGCGAACAAUCCAACACACUUCCGCCCGAACUGGAGCGUGAUUACGUCAUGAAUACGUAAAGGAGCCACGUCAGCUGCGUUCAGGGGCUGUAGGAAUAAUGAGAAAGGCCAACAAAGUGGAGAUGAGAAACUGAAAAAAUCAUUUAAAGACUUUUUUAAUAGUGAGAUUAAAAUCCCGAGGGGAAUAAAGAUAGAAUUGACGACUAUAAAGCUUUAAGAUAUUUUUCAGUUCAAUGAAGAAAAGUGAAAUGUCAAGAAAAGUAAUUCUAAAAAAAAAAAGAUUUAAAAUGUUUAACAUUAAAAAUCAUCAGUCCUAUUUUUGUCAUGUGUAAAAAGAAUAAUAAACUUUAAUAAUAAUAAACUUUGAUAAUAAGCAAGUGCCAAUAUUGCCGAUGUUAGUGCUGCUGUGUUGAUUAUUAUAUCCUGAACCUGUGCAAUACAUGUCCAUAUACAUACAGAAAAAUAUACAUUUAUAUAUAUUCAAACACACACAUAUAUUUAUUUUUGAUAUUUAUUUUUGGUAUUUAUCUUUCUAUUUUAUUCUUAUACAUAUGUUUUUAUUUUACUGUUCUGUAGAAUUCUCGUCUUGUACAUCAAAAAGUACAAAGUUUCAAAAACAUUCAAAAAACUUGAAGGACAAGCUAAGACAAGUUUUUAUGGGAUCUUUGACAGAUUUGUAAAACUCUUUUCCUUGAUAAUGUCGAUAACAGAUAUAUUUAUGAGACUAAACUGACGUGAGUAACACAACCAGUCAGUAAACUGCUUAUCUAAGAAUUCACUACAAUCCAAGAGGAGUGGCCGCAAGUCUAGUCUAAGUUCACAUUAAAACACUGAGCUGACUCAUCUUAUGUAACACCUUCACCCUCUCAUUUCCAGGUGUUCAUGAACCUCACAUUCACAUUGGCUAAAAGAAAGCUGGUUAAAAUAGUUAUCAAUCCAUUUACUUAAAUGACAAACAAAUGGCGACUAAACCAACCAAAAGUUUGAUAAUAAAGUGUUUUGUCCUCAGUCUGCAGACAACACUUGCGCCAACUGGUGCUGCCUUUAAAAGAUCUCAGGGGAGUGUCCACAGCGCCCCCUAGUGAUAACAAACCAAAGCAAGAAAAAGACUCCAACAGAUGUCUGAGUUAAGUUGAAUCAAACCACUAGAAAUACAACAUAACUUAACCCUUUAAUGCCUUUUGUGUCAUAUUUGAUACGUAGUUUUAUAAAAUUCUAUCAAAUCAAUGUGAUCAACAGUCCGAUAAAUAAUAAAAAUGUCUUCUAGUAGUUUAUCAGUUUCCAAAAACUGAAGACCUUCCUUUUUAGUCUGGCUUUUAGUUAAAUUUUGUUUUAAUCUUUUAAUUUGCAUUAUGUGGUUUUACCCUAUUUUAGUUGUAGAGUAACAAUUUUGUGUUUUAUUACCCCUUUUUGUAUUUACUUUCUUUUAUUGUUUGAUUUUAAGACUGUUUUAUUUAAUUAAGUUUUCACGUUUUAUGACCUUUGUUAUAUUUUAUCACAGUUUUAUCGUUUUACUCCUAGAUCCAGUGUUUCCUCAUUUCUUUUAACUCAAGAUAACGUUUCCUCAGUUAUCUGUAGAAAGCUGAAGAGUCCUCGCCUGUGUGUCUUUUGCGUGUGCAUUUUUGUGUGUGUGUAUCUGUGUGUGUGAAAGCUGUAUGUGUUGAAGGGUGAGGUUUGGUAUUUGUAUUUUUAUUUAUUUUAUUCCAUAGUUUUUAAUCUGAUCUAAUGUAUCAAACUAGAUAAAUACAUAUAUUUGUUAAAUUUAAAGCAAAUUUUGAUUUUGUUGGUUUUCAGUCGUAAGUGAAAUAAACAUUUCAGCUCCAAAAAAAUUGGAAUUUUCAGGUCAUAAUCUGUGGUUUCAGGUAUUAAAGGGUUACAUAAAAAAAAAGUUUUUUUUUUAUUUUUUGUUUUACAAUUUUUGAACCAAUUUUUUCAUUUAAAAAUCUUUUUUUUUUUUUUUUCUAAUUUAGGAACAAAUCUUAAAAACUGACUUUAGGUCCUUUCACACCAGGGCCGACAUGAAUAUAGAAUGCAAAAUUACGAAAUAUUCAGAGGCCUCUAAUUGGCUAGAAAAGCUGGAAACGUCAUCACAAACUCAAGCCCCAGUCAGCACUUAUAGCCAAUCAGAGGCGAGAGGAUCAGUACAUGAAACUAUGGUAACAACCUUUAGCUUACGUUAGCACUGAUGAAAGUUAAAAUAAAGACGUUUAUCAAACUGUUAAAGCUCACAAACCAUCAUCAUAUGAGAAAUCUGACGCUAUGACUCUCCACAAGUUUUCCUUCAGGUCGUUAACUUUGUAAUAUUGAACGCUUGUAUUGAUAGGAUAUGGGUUCUAAAAAAAUAUUAAGGUCCGAAAUAAUCGCUCAACAUAAACGGUCCCAGUUUGAAAGGACCUUGAAAAUCGUGAAAUCGUAGAAUCGCACUUUCAAUCAAAUCGGCAUCCAAAAAAAUCGUAGAAGAAUCAGAUCUAGAGAAAAGCAUAUCGCCCCAGCCCUAAUGAAUAUAAUUUCUGUUUAAAUUUGUAUAUAUUUUUUAAUGUUGUAAUAUUUAAACAUUAUUCAGACAGAGGUCCCCAGAAAGCUUUUACACUUUUUUUCCUGUUACACAACUCUUAAUUUUUUUUCCUCUCUUUUUAAAUAAGUGAAUGUGAAGGCCUGUGUGUGAGUUUGGUUUUGAUUAAACAAAUUAUGUAAUAGCAAACACGCAAACUUUUUACGAACUUUUAUUUCCGUACUUACUUCAGGAAUUUAACAGCUAGAACAACACUUACAUAUCUUCUCGUAUAUAAUUAGACAAGGAUGUGGAUUUGGGGAUAUUAACUCUGUGUUUUAACUCCAUGUAUUUAAACCCUAAAUGACUCAGUUUGGUGGCAUGUCUUCCAUGUCCUCGGCCUGGCAGCACCACUUCCCGAAAGUCCAUGUGACUCUCCAAUGUUACGAAAUCGUUACCGCCCCCUGAGGCUGUAACUCCGCCUAUUUAAUUUCCCCGCCUUCUUUGCUGGAAAAAAUUGACCAAUUAAAAACAAGAGUGUGGAUUGACAGCUAGCUUGUCAAAUCAGGUCAUGUGUUUGUCGUGAGUCAUUGGCAAACCCACCGAAGCCUGGAGUCGCCACAGCUGCUUGUAACCCGCCAACAGACGCUCGUACCGGCGGGGACGGUUACACAAACAGUCGGGCUGCUCGGUUCCUUUCAGCACUCUUCACGGGACUUUAGAUCUUCUUCUCUGAAUGGAAGCGGACGGAUUCGUGUCCCGGCGAUCGUCCAUGGAUGCAUCAGGCUUGGACAGCCAGGUCACAAGCGCUGCAGCCGGGGCAGAGUUCCGAUGGCGGGGCGGCAGGCUCCUGGACCCCAACCUAACCGGAGGGGUCGUGGGGUAUCUCUCAUCGAGGAAAGCGGAGGAACACGACUUUACCCCGGUGUAUCGACCCCCCACGGACACUCUGACCUCUGUGGAGACAGAAAUAGACUAUGAAGGGCUUCCACAGGGAGUAGCCACCAGUACACACAUGCUGGCAGGAGCCGUGGCUGGAAUCAUGGAGCACUGCCUCAUGUACCCCAUCGACUGUGUCAAGGUAUCAGAAGAGAAAACAUUCACAUUUUACAUCUUUAUUUGUCUGUUUGUGUCUCUAAAUCACGAGAAGGACAGACGCAAGUUGCGUAAACUAAGUGAGCGUAGGUAGGCCCGAACAGAAGCCUGAGCUCGAGUAGUGUUCGGCAACAAGCUAACUUCGCUAACAGCGGUAACCUUGCUAACAGAGGUCAGUUAACUAACGAAACAGCGUUUUAACAGGAAAUAACUCAAUGAAAGUUUGAUAAAAACCACGAUAGUUGUCCAAAUUGAGUGCAGUUUUCAUAAAAGUAAAGUUUUUAACAGAUAAACAUGGUCUGACAGAGGUUUCUCCUCUACCUGAGCUGCUUACCUCAGACACGGUUCAAGCUGUAGUAGCCCGUCCUUGUUAGCAUGCUUCAAUUAUCGGACACCUCUCAGAAUCCCAAUCAAAAGGUAAAUAAUUGAUUAAAUUAAGCGAUAAAUAGCUAAAUGAGUAAAACAAGUAAAAUAAAGAUGGAAUAUACAAGUAUGUACAAUAUUCAAUACAAAUAAUACAAUAGUGUGCAUAUAAACAGUAGGAAAAGUCCAGGUAAAGACUGACUGAGGGUGUUAGAGUGUCAGUGCUCUUUAUUUCAGCUUAUAACUCUAAAUAGACACUUUUAACUUAGUUGUAUAAACACCAGCCAUAAUAUGAACACUUUGUCAGUGAACCACUCAUUCUUGGAAGAAAGCUUCAAUAGUAUUAGUCUUAUUUACUGUUAAUUAUUUAGGACAUUGUCAGGUGUUUUACUAGAGUGUGUGAUAUAGAUAGGUGUUUCUAAUGUUUUGUCCACUUCAUUUGUGAAUAUCAGGGGAGAACAAAAUGUUUGAAACACCGGCCAGUAAAAACUCUCUGUUCCUGUUAAUUUUUAGCUCCAUCCAGUCUACUCUGUCAUAAGGAUAAGUGGUCAUAAAAUAAUAAUUUUAAACAUUUUUAAACAACUUUUCAUGACUCAUAUCUCUUAAACAACUUCAGCCCUGACCAUUAAAAAAAUUAUAAAUAUGAAAUUCGAUGCAUUUCCCUUUUUAUGCCAGUUUUUGUGCAAAAUGUUACUGUUAUUUUUAAUGGUAAAAAAACACAGAAUCACCAUAUUUCCCAUAUAAAAUGACCUGGAUAAUUUUUUUUAAUUAAAAGAGUCAAUAGUAAAAUCGAUUUUGGUGCCUUUAAAUUCUUUUUGUAGUGAUAAUUUCUGUAUUUUAGCUCCAUCCAUCCUACUUUGUCCCCAAAGUAUUCAUAAAAUAAUUAUUUUUUAACUUUUUUGACUCUAUUUCCUCACUAGCAACCACUGAAACUUAUAGGAUUAUUUUAAACAACAGUCGUGAGCUGUUUACCAUGCCAACAGAAGAAGAAAGGCUCAUAGGAGAAACAUAAGCUCAGUGAAAGGAUAUGAGGUUGAAUUGCAUCGUUUCCUGUUUACUGUUAAUUCUAAAAAAACAUCCAGAGAUUCUCAGUAAGUUCCAACUUUUUCAGGACUUUCUUGAACUUUACAAACUUGUUCUGCUAAUUCAACUGUGUCUGACCAUGACCUGUGCACUUAUCAAGAAAAGAGAGUAUUUGUCAACAGUCCAAGGUCAAAACAAACAUGCUAAGGAUAUUAAAUAAAGUGACUUUAUUAUAUUCGAGGCCAGUUUGCAUUAUAAACCACCCCAGCUAUAGCUAUACUUGAUUUCAUUAGAGGAAAGUGUUUCAGGGGGUCAUAAUGACAGGAUUUUAUGAAGAAAUCUCUAACAGGCUGUAGAUGAUUAACACAAACAGGCUUUAAAUCAAUAGACCAACGGUCGACAGUCUUUCUAGUUGCUUGUAUUUGCAGCUAUAAAGCAGUGAAAGUUCUGCCGCUGGAUCAUUUGAUUAUCAAGCUCUGAUAUAAGAGCCUAUUAGGUUAAAAGUCACCAGCCUCUUUAUGAAUGUUGGACAGAUUAAUCAUUUAUUCUUUUAAUCCAAGCUGGCCUCAAUUACAGGAGUGGUGUAAACUCUGCGGCAGUCUUUCAUUCACGAACUCUGGGAUGAGCCUCGUUACGUAAUCCAGCAGCUCUGUUUGUCCUGACGUGUCUCUGAAACCAAUCUCUUAAAAAGUGAACCUAAAGCUGAGUUUAAUAGUUCCACAUUCGUUCAGUCUGAGCAGAUAGACACACCAGUUCUGUUUAAUAUCUAAGACACUGUGGUCCAGACUAAGAGCCUCACAUUUAGAAACAACUUUCAGCUCCGCGGUGCAAAGAAUAGAAACAGAGAUCUGUAGAUGACGGUGAAGACGGAAACCUCCCUAAGAUAAGCACAGUGUUUGAUUUAAGGUUUGAGAUUGUGACAUACAGAAGAUUCCUGAUACUAAAUGAAGAAGUAUGUCCUAAGAUGACUCAACUUCUCCUUAGUCUGACUGGUUCCAACUUUGAAAACGUUAUACCCUCUAGCAUGUUCACCUCACUGAAAUCACUGAAACCUGCACCCUGACAUUCUGGGAUACUGGUUCUGUUGAUCUGGUUUUUAUGAGCAGAUAAAGCUCGUCGGCUCUCUGUAGCGUCUCUGGUAAAUCAAACGAAGCUUUUGUUUAGAGCGAAUUCCUCCAUGAUUAGCUCUUCCAGCUCGCCGCAUAUUUGAGCCAAAAAAGCCUCCGAGCCGUUUGACCCUGUGGUUCACGGGAUCUGAUUUUAUUGCGAUUCAGAGUUACUCAGCAGAUUUGUGUUUGUAGGUACAAGAUAAGGCUUUAUUCAGUUUCUAAACACUUUAUCGGAAAGGCUUGAACAUGAAGUACCGGGCAGGAUUUAACAGCUUCCUUGAAUUCAAGUUUUAUUACACUUUUGUGGUUUCAAGGUGGGAAAAUCCAUGAAAAAGGGAUUUAUCAGGCUUCAGUGUUAUUGAAACAGCGUACCUGAAUUAAACGAGGUUAAAAAAGCUGCACAAAUGAAACGACUCGUCUGAAUUUAAAAUGUUUAUUUCUUAAGUUAUUGGACUCAUUUGUUGUGUCCUCUCGGUAUGUUUGAGAGGAACCAGGAACAGGAAGAGCAUUUCUCAUUUUUGUAGACUAAAGAUCUUGAAGCACAAGGAAGUCAUUUUAGUUUCUUUGCAGUCAUUUUAUUUUAAGACAGUUUCCCCCAAUCCAAACAAUCGAUUUUCAUAAUCCUAACUUCCUGUUACCGUCACAGCGGGCUGAAGAACGUCAGUCUUUUCUCAGGUUGUUUCCUCAUUUCUCUGACGUCUUUGGGGGAGCGGGUAAAUAUCUGCUCCACCUUGUCAUGAAACACAGGUUUAGUUCACUCCUGAACCACUUCAGGUAAUAGACUGGACCGCCUAAAGCAGGAUAUGGUAAAAGUCAGUGCUGGGAAGCUGAAAGACCAGACUGUCCUGUGACGGAUUUUAUCUUUUUAAGGUCUGAGUUUAAUCCUCAUUUAGUUGAUAGACAUUACAAGACGGCAAUAAACCGUAUAUUAACCAUGGACUGGUUAAUAUAUGAAACAUUCUUCUUUUAUUGAAGGAAACAAACUUCUUUCCCAGCGUAAAACCUCAGUGAGUUUAGGGUAACAGAUUUGAUGGUGGUGCCUGUUGGUCAGGAGUUCGUUUCCUUAAAGGGAGGAGUUCCUGUAACCGUUUUAUAACACUUCAUUAACAAAACACAAUGUUCUGUACAGAAGCUCUUAUUUACAAGAAAGAAUUGAGUGGAUAUCUUGAUUUAUUUCCUCAUUUUCUCAGAAUACCCGAACAUGUUUUGUUAAUACCACACUUACCUCAUGAGUCACAGUCGCCUUUUGAAGCUAUUUAUAGUGUUUAUAGUUGAAUCUCAGACGAGGACACAGGUUAUUUGCUUAGCUGUCUUUAAUGGCGUCAACUUUCCCUCGUACUCUACUGUGGUGAUUGAACAAAUGCCCGUUCAUUAAGCCGGUGACAAGUGAUCAUGUUUUUUACAUUUGGUAAAAAUUAACAAACUGAUUUAACUCACAGAUAAGAGACAAAGUCGUGAACCUUAAAUGAGGAUAUUAUUGAAGAAAUGUAGACAGAGGAGGAAAGUAUUUGGCUCAGUAAGAAGUUGUUCCAAGAGAGUUUUGGUUUUGGAUCUGUGAUAAUUAAAAUAAAAGAUUAAUACUCGAGAUGGGGGUCUUUUAAUUAGUGUAGGAUUUUCAGAAUAUAAGAAACAAUCAUGUUUGAGCUUUUUGAGUCUCUCAGGUCCCACAAAGAAGAGUUCCACAUGUGGAUUAAAUAGACGGCUCAGUAAUAGAGGGAAGAGUUCUGGGGAUCAGGAUCGAAAAACCACGGCUGAACAUGUGAAGAGUGUAGCUUAUUUUAUAAAUGUAGAGGUGAAGUGAAAAUAACUUAAUGACGAAGAAUAUAACCACUGUGUAUCAAAUCAAGAUAAAAUGUGGAGCCUCUAACCGUCUGCAGCUUAAAUAAACUUCAGUAUUGAUCCAAACAGCCCUAGGUUGAAUACUUCCCACCAAUAAACGACCAAAAUCAACUUUGAUUGAUAGAAAUCUUUGACUACAUCUCCCAGAGCAAAAGAAGUGCUGUCCUAAAAACACAUGAGUUGACAUAUUUCCCGUUAAACUUUGUCGUUUUUAACUUUUUCAUGUGUGUUUUCUAACAAAGCUGUCAGAUGGCGUCGGUCUCGUUCAUGUUCAGGUCUUUACUGCUGGACUUUCCCCAGAGUCCAAAAAAGGUUCAUGUUGGGAAACACACUCUGACCAUAUUUGAACCUGUCGACUUGUGACUGUAGUGUAUUUAAUUUCAUUUGCCUUCCAAAGCAGGAUCAAAUAUCCACUCGAGGUUACGUCAUGGAUAAAAAAGAACUAUUUGGUUUUUUCAAGACAGCUUGAUCUGGUUUAGAUGGUUGAUUGGACUUGGUUCAGUCUUUGCAAAAAUAAACCCCUCUGGACCUGAAGCCACCGUGGAUGACUGAGCACAUUCCUAGAGAGUGACCAUUUCCAAACUGUGGAAACGUCUGCAGACGCCACCUCAGUUUAGCAGCUCCCUCCUCCUCCUCUGCUGGGGAAAUUCACUUAUUGCACGACAGGAGGAGUUCGAAGAUUGUUCCACUCUGGUCAGGACCUUUUUUUCAAGGCGUUGGUUUUCAGUCGGGUUAUGAAACCACUCUCCUGCUUUUCUGAGCAGUGUCUGUGGUUAAAAAUCUGCACCACUUCCUGCCGCUGCUGCGUACACUCGGUCCACAUCUGUGGUUUUAUUGUGAAGAGAGUGAACGUCUGAGUGUGAAGUCGGGGCGGAGUCGUUAACACUUGACACGACUACAGACUGGAAGUGGUGUGAUGUUUUCAUGUGGUCAAAGUGAGACGCAGACGAAGCUGCAGAGGAACCGAUAACCACAGUGUGUGAUGUUUUUAUGAGGUUGUGAUGCUGCUUCACCACAUGGUUAUGUAAACCUUCCUGUCUUCCAGACCAAAAGCUCUGGUUAGAGAUGAACUAGACCAGAGGUUGGAGCCGUGUUGACUGUAAAGAUAUGUUUAAAUUUAAUAUGUUUAAAACACAAACACCUUAAACCAAGUGGAGUUUAGUAAACUAGACUCAGCCAGCGUGUGAACCUGCGUACACUCAGUCAGAGGUCACAGCAGAGGUGAAGUGAAUCGAGUGAAACUUUUUGUGUUUUCUCAUAUUUUAAUGUCUGUCUCUUCCUGUUCCUCCUUCCACCCCAGACCCGGAUGCAGAGCCUGCACCCACAGCCCGGAGCCCGCUACAGGAACGUGAUGGACGCCUUGCAGCAGAUUGUGCGGACUGAGGGUGUGUGGCGGCCAAUCAGAGGUGUGAAUGUGUUGGCGGUGGGGGCGGGGCCUGCCCACGCUCUGUACUUCGCCUGCUACGAGAAGAUCAAGUUUUCACUCAGUGACGCCAUCCACCCGGGGGCUAACAGCCACUUUGCAAACGGUGAGGUGACACCAGCUGACAAAUCAGGACUUAUUUCUUUCUCACAGAAUAAUCUCUGACCCUGAAACGUCUUCUGUCUUCUGCAGGAGUGGCGGGCUGUAUGGCCACCGUGCUGCAUGACGCCGUUAUGAACCCGGCUGAAGGUAAACAUCUUCAUCUGACUCAUGAGGACUUUUAUUAAACUCCCCUCUGUUUUGGUGCUAUUCUACCUGAGCACCACUAGGUGGAGCCACAGACCAGGGUCUGAGCUGAUAGAGAGAGAGCUCUAAGGUUGUGUCAGAGAUCAGCCACCAUACAGUCCACCAUAGAGGGAUUAAGACGAUCAGUAAAGCUGUCUGGAUUAUAUAUGAACCCCUUAUGGUGUCAUUUGACCUGAUCAUAAAGCCUUUAUUAUUGUAGAUUAAGAAGUAAUUAACUGUAUUAUUGUUUCUGUAUGAUAAUGACAGACAGAGACCAAGGUUAUAAUAGUUAACUAAAAUGAAACUAAAAGCAAAAACUAGAAUUUAAAAUAUAUUACAGUUAACUCAAACUAAUAAAAACUAGAAAAGAAAAGAAACGAUAAGUAAACUAAAACUGUGUCUCGUCUUCACAAAACUAACUGAAACUAACUAAAAUUAUAGACAAAGUGACCUUCAUUAUCGUUAUUUAUAUUUAUUAGCCUUUAGGAUUUAAAGUAAUCAGACACAGUUUCCCAACCAAAGCAAAAUGGAUCCGAAACAGAGAAGAAAACACUGAAGUUUUUCUCUGCAGGCAGCAAAUAAACCGACAUAAACAUAAUCCUGAAACCAGGGAAGCUCGUCAGACUCAAGACCGAGACGGAGACAGAAACCAGGAAGAGACCACCUGUCUUUAUUCAUAUUAAUGACAUUGAUAUUAGUUGUCUCUGAUUUUGUUUUAUCAUUAUAUCUCUUCACAUUUAUUGGUUCAACAGAAAAUUCAGUUUUUAUCGGCAUCCAGGAAAUUCCCGUACUCCUCCUCCUUCAUAUGACGCCUCCAUCAAUGAUCAAUAAUCCAGACUCUCUACUCUUAAAGUCCCACUCUGAUCUUUAAGUGUUCUCAGUGGUCUUUAAAUUAUGAUUAUGAAGUUUUUUAGUCAAAGUCACGUUACCUGUGUCAUUUUUAAGGGCUUCUCUUCUUCAGAGCUCCAUCAGCUCAUUAGCAAUUAGCCUCUGAGUCGUGGGCGGAGACUGCACUGCUCACGCUAGCUGUUAGCAGACCAUUGCCGAUGUAAUGAAAGUGGCAGGUAACAUAGGAGCUCCCAGCUCUCAGACACUAAUGUCUUUGGGAGCAUCAAAGUAAAAAUCAUAAUCAGCUUUCUUACGAGCAUUUCAAUCUGCUCACAAACUCUUGACUUCUCCGAGUCUGGCCUGCGUAGCGAGGAACAGGUGGGCGGAGCUUGGACUUGUGAUGUAAGAAAUCUCACCGUGUCUGAACCUGCAGAAAUACUCGGAAAAGCAGUUUUGUGUUUAGUUUUCUCCUGAUAUGUCCUGUAGCAUCAGAAAAAUGAACAACAAGAUAAAGAUGAUUUAGAUCAGAGGGUCUUGAACGUCUGAAGGGUCUGACUCACAUGAAGAACUGAUGUCCCCAGACAUGUUUAUGUCCUUUCACUUCCUAACAAACUAGGCCUGAACGAUAUAUCGUUUGACUAUCGUCAUCGCGAUGUACGUGUGUGCGAUAGUCACAUCGCAGAGCCUGCGAUAUUGGAGGUGAAUGAACUCAUUUAAUUUCAAGGGUAACCGACUGAGAUACACUCCAUGUGACUCUGCAUGUGCUGUGCAGCGAUCCACCAAUCGCCUUCGUCCUUAACUCAGUUGCCAAUCAGACUCACUUCUCAGUUGCCAAUCAGACUACCCUGCCAGCUGUCAAUCAAAAUCAGGGAGGAGAAAACCCACCCCUGCACAUGUUCUGCACAUGGAGGGAGACGUGUGUCCGCUGAGAAUUACUUUCAGAACUUUACUGACUAUUAAGCCCAACAAAUAAGAACUGUAUGGGUUUUAAAUUGUAUAUUUCCGUGGACCACUCUACUAUAAGCAGUGCGCGUUUUGCGAGGUGCAUGCAAUUCUCGGAGGACAUGCGUUUCUCGGCACAACACCGCUAACAACAACAACAACGAUCGCAAAAUGAACAACGAACAAGCGAAAACCACCGAAAAUGAAGAUUUGUUGCCAAAAAGAAAAGGAAAGUCAGUUAUCUGGAAUUAUUUCGGUUAAAAGAAGGAUAAUGUCGACCAAAACACGUCUUCUGUGUUCACCUGUUGCCACAAUAACGUCCCAGCACAAUAAAAGCUAAAAAUAUCUCUGAGACAGACAGAAGCCGUUCUACUAACAUUCACAAAAAGAGGUAAGAUCAGUGCAGAUUAACUGUCCUCAAGAUUUCAGCAGUGCAGCAUAACAUUAAGUGAUAUUCAGGUCAUCUGGUGAAAAUACUGUAUUUUUAAUAUCGCAAUAUAUAUCGCAGGGUUGAAAAAAUCGCAAUAUUAUUUUUUUCCAAUAUCGUGCAGCCUUAGUACAAACCAGAGCAGCAGGAUCACGUUCAGCUCUGGUUUCUGUUUGUCGUGUUUGACUCGACUCUCCUCCUCGGCGUCCUUUCUUAAACUCCGUCCUGAUGGUUUUCUCUCCACAGUUGUGAAACAGCGGAUGCAGAUGUUCAACUCUCCGUACCGAGGCGUUCUGGACUGUAUGGGAUCGUUGCUGAAGCAGGAAGGUCCCGCUGCUUUCUACCGCAGCUACACCACCCAGCUGACCAUGAACGUGCCCUUCCAGGCGCUCCACUUCAUGACCUACGAGUACCUCCAGGAGCUGCUCAACCCCCACAGACAGUACAACCCCACAUCUCACGUGGUGUCAGGCGCCUUAGCUGGAGCCGUGGCUGCCGCCGCCACCACACCUCUCGACGUCUGCAAGACCCUCCUCAACACGCAGGAGGCUCAGGCCAUACACGUGAUCCAAGCGGAGACAGCGACAGGAGCGGUGGGAGCGGCCGCAGCCUCGGGCCCCGGCAGCCGCCACAUAUCCGGUCUGGGCGAGGCGUUUAGGACUGUGUACAGGAUGGGAGGCCCGCAGGCGUUCUUCAAAGGCGUCCAGGCUCGCAUCAUCUACCAGAUGCCCUCCACCGCCAUCAGCUGGUCUGUCUACGAGUUCUUCAAGUACAUCAUCACGAAGCGGCAGCAUGAGAGACGGCUGCGGGGAGACCGUGACGGAGACAAGUGAAAGUCCAUGAGAGCGAAGUUUGGUGAAUUAAAGGGUCACUGCGCCGCACUGAUCUUUGACAACAGUAUUUAAGGGUUUGAAAAAACAGCCGUUUUAGAUUCUGGAAGGAAAAGUCCAAGUUUAAUGUUUACUUCAAUCAGUUCAACCAGGUGUGGUCUAGUUCAUAGCAGGGGAAGAUGCAGAAGACAGCAUGAGAUGAAUAUCUUAUUAUAAGACUAACCAGACUGGGACAUCACCAACAGGAAGUCUUGAUUCCUAAACUCUCCUCCUAACAUCUUCAUGUUUAUUCUUUAAUUCAUUUAAAACUCCUAAAGCUUUCAAAAAGCAAAUUAUUUAUUAAUGAUGAACUCAGUUGAGAUGAAUUCUCCUCCCCUCCGGCAGCCGCAGGGCAGUUUCUUGGAUUGGAGGUUUUUGGACACUGAUUUGGACUCUGGAGGCUCAACGCUCAGACUUGGAGCUUUUCUUUAAAGGUGUUUAAACGUCUUUGACAGGAAACCUGAAGGCUUGAGUCGGCACUUUAACCUCACAGUUUCAGCCCAGCUUCUUUUACCAAAACGAAAACACUUCCCUGUCCAAAUACUCUGAUCGUAGCUGUCUAUGAUGCACUUCUAGGAAGUACCACCUCCUGACCACAAGGGGGUGCACAUCUCAGCUGAAAGUUACAGAAACUGUCGUAUCGCAUUAGCUUAAAAGCUCAUAAACACGGAGGAAGAGAAACGCCGAGAGAAACUAGAGAAAAACUAUUACAGUCAUUUAUUUUCAAUAGAUUUAAGCAGUUUAGGAUCAACAACGCUCAAGGCAGUGAGUGGAGCAGGUGCACGAGUGUGUCUGUGUGUAUCUGUGUGCAUGUGUGUGUAUGUGUGUGUGUGUUACAGUGACUGGAUGACUGACCAAACUGAUCUCAGCACAGCCAAAAGUCCAGAAAACCCCGCCCACCAGCGUGUGCGUCAUGGAUCCGGUUUGAGCAGGUAUGAGCUGCUGUCGCACGGAUGUCGCUGCGUAUCUUCACGUGUCGAGGUGACUCAGAGAGUUUUUCUUUGUGACAUGGAUUUCUGCGAUAAAGACCCUCAUGAUGAAGUCAGGAUAUUUAUUUCAUGGAUUGUGAUUCUUUCCUUCUUUAGCUCCUGCGUGAGAAACAGACAGAGUCCAUGUUCAAAGACAAACAGAACAGCUGUCCUCGUUGUGGGGCAGGUGUGGCGCACAGGUGGAGGUGGGUGGUGUUUUUUUGGAGAUGUAGUUAAACACGUUAAUUCUGGUGGUUCAGAAUCAUCAAACUUUAGCCUUUAAGACAACACUUCUGUCCAUGCAGGACUAAACGCCGCAGACUGUUUCUAUUUUGAGCCGUUUGAUUGGCUCUCAGACCGAUCCUGACGGACUUUUGAAAACUCUAGGGCUGGGCGAUACGGCCUCAAAUCAAUAUCACGAUAAAUAGAUGAUUACUACUCGUAGGACAGCGACUUAAAGGGACAUGAGACCAUAGCCUACAAACACACAUCCAGAAACCACUUUGAUUUAUUUUUUAACAGAUAAGAGCAAAAUGACAUCGUUAUCGUGGUAAAUUUCAGAAUCUGUAAAUUUUGGUUUAUCGCCCAGCCCUAGAAGACGCCUCAUUAAAAAGUGUAGCACAUUAAAAUAAAAGUAGUGUUCAUAAAAGAGCGUUUUUAUCAGCUCUUGGUUUUCAUCCCCUCGGACAUCUUUGUGUUUUAAAAAAGCACUUGAAAGAAAUUCUCUGUUACUGUCUGAGAGGAAAAAAAGCAUUAAAAAAAGAACCAAAAACUCAGAAACACGACUUCUGCACAUGCCUUUAGCGAGCCGCCAUACAUCCAACGCACAAAUACGACAGAGCGACUAUUCAACAGAGGUGUAACUUUGAGUUUUAAAGCCAUAAAAGAGGAGAAAACUGUUUAUAGAUAAAUAAGAAAAAUAACGAUCAGUCCAAACUCUUUACCAGCUGACCGGGAUAUUCAAGAAACUUUCUAGUUUACUGAGCUGUAAAUUCAGGCUUUAGGUGAGAGACCUAAAUGAUAAUAAAAUCAGACCGGAUAAAUGUGUGUGUGUGUGUGUGUGUGUGUGUGUGUGUGUGUGUGUGUGUGUGUGUGUGUGUGUGUGAGGAAAUAUCCGACGGGUAUUUAAAACUGAUUGUAGGAGUUUCUCAUGUAUGUGAAGCCGAGUAUGAUGACGGGGAAACCAAAGACAGAGCAAUAGAGAUUGAAAGAGGAGGGAGGCGUUGGGGUGUUGGUUCGUCAGAUGACGACACUUUGUGAAAUGCUUGAACACUGAGAGCGACUCCUGUAUUUUGUGAAUUGUAAAUAAAUUUCGCUAAGGCAGCUACCUCGCAGAAGCAGGGUCUUCUCUUGGUGCUGGCUCUCAAAGCGCUGAGAGAAAGUCAAAA